CGCCGUGGGCACAGCCGGUUCCCGCACAGCCGGCGCCGCGGACACAGCCGGUUCCUCCACAGCCAGCGCCGCGGACACAGCCGGUCCCUCCACAGCCGGCACCGCGGGCACAGCCGGUCCCUCCACAGCCGGCGCCGCGGACACAGCCGGUCCCUCCACAGCCGGCACCGCGGGCACAGCCGGUCCCUCCACAGCCAGCGCUGCAGGCACAGCCGGUUCCUCCACAGCCAGCGCCGCGGACACAGCCGGUCCCUCCACAGCCAGCGCCGCAGACACAGCCAGUCCCCCCACAGCCGGCACCGCGGACACAGCCGGUCCCCCCACAGCCGGCGCCGCGGACACAGCCGGUUCCCCCACAGCCGGCGCCGCGGACACAGCCGGUUCCCCACAGCCGGUGCCGCGGGCACAGCCGGUCCCUCCACAGCCAGCGCCGCAGGCACAGCCGGUCCCCCCACAGCCGGCACCGCGGGCACAGCCGGUCCCCCCACAGCCGGCACCGCGGACACAGCCGGUUCCCCCACAGCCAGCGCCACAGGCACAGCCGGUCCCCCCACAGCCAGCGCCGCAGGCACAGCCGGUCCCCCCACAGCUGGCACCGCGGGCACAGCCGGUCCCCCCACAGCCAGCGCUGCGGACACAGCCGGUUCCCCACAGCCGGAGCUGUGGACACAGCCGGUCCCAACACAGCCGGCGCUGCAGACACAGCCGGUUCCCGCACAGCCAGCGCCGCGGACACAGCCGGUUCCUCCACAGCCGGCACCGCGGACACAGCUGGUUCCCGCACAGCCAGCGCCGCGGACACAGCCGGUUCCCACACAGCCAGCGCCGCGGACACAGCCGGUCCCUCCACAGCCAGCGCCGCGGACACAGCCGGUUCCCGCACAGCCAGCACCGCGCACAUAGCCGGUUCCUCCACAGCCGGUGCCGCGGACACAGCCGGUCCCCGCACAGCCGGCGCCGCGGACACAGCCGGUCCCUCUCCAGCCAGCACAGCGCAGGCACUGCCAGCCCCUCCCCAGCGAGCCCCGGAGCUGCAGCCGGCUCCCAGAUGGCCCAGAGCGUCGUUUAUGCCGACCUGAAGUUCGUGAAGGCCCCUGUGGGGAGCAGCGUGUGCUCCAGGUCGCGGGAGGCAGCGCCCGCAGACGAGGAGGAGGCAGAGCUCACCUACGAGAACAUCCAGCUGGCCCAGCCUGGGGAGGUGAGGCGGGGGCAAGGGGCGGAGCAGAGCAAAGAGCCCUGGUGGAGCACACGGUACCUGCCCCUCGGCUUGCUGGGGACCUGCCUCUUCCUCCUGGCCACCACCAUCGGCCUGGGGGUGCGCUACUGGCAGGUUUCCCAGCAUCUGCAGCAGGCAUCCCGAGCGCACGAGGCCGAGAGCAGCCGCCUCUCCCAGCAAGUCAGCACCAAGGGGGCGACCCUGGCGCAGACGGCGAGGGAGCUGGAGCAGGCCAGGCAGGAGCUGGAGCAGGCCAGGCGGGAGCUGGAGCAGGCCAGGUGGGAGCUGGAGCUGAUGCGGCAGGAGGAGAACAGCAGCCAGGAGCAGCUGCGACAGCGGGAGGCCACGUUAGAGGGAACGAAGGAGGAGCUGGCGAGGGUACAGGAGGAGAAGAGAGAAAUUAAAGAGAAGCUGAACCAAAUGGAGAGCGCCCUAUCCAGCAUCCGCCGCUGCGAGCAGACAGGCUGCUGCCCGGCAGACUGGGUGUUGUACAGAGGAAAGUGCUUGUUCGUCUCGAAGGAGGAGAAGACUUGGGAAGAAAGCAAGAAAGACUGUGAACGGAACUCUGCUCGGCUUCUUAUCACCAAAUCCUGGGACUUGAGGACAAUGCCGAAUUUUCUGAAAAAUACUAAUGUCCAGUACUGGAUUGGACUAGUCUGGAAUAAGGAAACACAGUGGCAGUGGAAGUGGGUUGAUAACUCACCCUUUGAAAAAGACUGGAGCUACCCGAGUUACGGCUAUACGUGUGGAGCAAUAAGAAAUGGCGUCAUAAACAGGGACUUGUGCUACGAUCGAAAGCCAUGGAUCUGUGAGAAGGCACCCAGCCAGCCCAGCCCAGCCGGACGCUGGUUUCCUUAGAGUCCCUGGAGGGACAAUCAGUGAGAGCCCUACCGGACAGUCCUGCUCUUCCCAGUGACCCGCUCCACCGCCUCCUACCUGGCUUGUGCGAGGGUGUCGGGCCCUGGGCUGUCGGAUGGUUUGAUGGUGCUGCCCGUGGGAGCCAGCUGAGGUCACUCAAUCAGGGAGAUCUGCAAACAGACCGGGGCAGACAAACCCCAAACGCUGGUGGAUAUUCCAAUAUGUAGAUUUACCCAGCCAGCCCAAACCAGCUUCUCUAGCCCUUCCCUGGGUACUCAGACGUCCACACAACGCAGUGCCCUUAAAGUACCAGCCUCCGGCGUCCACCCAGACACGCGUCAGAUAUUAUGGUGAUUACUGAAAAUCUUAUCUCGUCAUAUAAAAGAAAAGGUUCUUCCAAUCCCAAAGGAUCAGCCAAAUACACGCUUACAGUCAAUUCUUGUUACCUAAACUAAAAUUUAUUAAAAAAGAAAAAAGAGAGAGCAUGUUGGUUAAAAGAUCAAUA